AUGAAAGAAUAUAUUGGCAAUCUGCCAACACCUAUAGCCCCCGAACCCAAAGAAACACUCUUCGUAUAUCUAGCAGCCUCAGCGGAAUGUGUUAGCGCUGUGUUAGUAGCUGAAUGGGAAAGGCAGCAGAAACCAAUUUAUUUUGUGAGCAGGGUUUUACAGGGAGCUGAAGCCAGUUACCCAGAACUGGAAAAACUGGCCCUCGCGUUAGUUCAUGCGGCACGAAGGCUACAAAGGUACUUCCAGGCCCAUCCCAUUGUCGUGUUGUCCCAUAAACCCAUAAAACAGAUAUUGCUGAAACCCGAAAAAUCAGGGAGAGUAGCCAAAUGGGCUAUAGAGCUAGGAGAACAUGACAUAGAGUUCAGGGCACAACACGCAAUUAAAGGGCAGGUAUUGGCAAAUUUCUUUAAUGAAGUGCACGAAGGCAAAAGCUCCAUGACACACUCCGUGUCGUUAGAAGUAGUCGGGAAUGUCGAAAAUGGCGCGUGGAAACUAUAUACCGAAGGAGCAGCCAGCUCCGACGGCUGUGGGGCCGGACUCAUGCUAAUCAGCCCAGAAGAAAAAGAAUUCACCUACGCACUAAGGUUUGAGUUCGAGGUGACCAAUAACGAAGCUGAAUACGAGGCACUGCUAGCAGGGCUCCGUAUCGCAAAGGAUAUGAAGAUACGGAACAUCCUAGUGUACGUUGACUCUCAACUAGUGGCGUGCCAAGUGAAAGGGACAUAUGAAGCAAAACAGGGUACCACGAAGUUGUACCUACAAAAGGUACAAGAGUUAAUAGAGUAUUUUAGUCACUUCGGAAUUGAGCAUAUAAGAAGAAAUCAGAAUAAAAAGGCAGACGCCCUGAGCAAGCUAGCCUCUCUCAUGUUUGGACACUUGGGGAAACAGGUGUUGCUAGAAGUUCUGAAAGAAAGGUCAAUUGGAGAAAGACAAGUGUUGGAUCUCGUAAAAGAAGAAAGCACCACAUGGAUGACUCCCAUCUACGAGUACUUAGUAAGUAGGAUACUCCCAGCAGACAAAGAUGAAGCCCGCAAGAUAAGGGUCAAAGCCCCACAGUAUAAGAUACUGGACAAAAAGUUGUAUAAAAAAGGCUUUGUUACACCUUGGCUUCGUUGCGUAGGGCCUAAGCAGACAGAAAUGAUCAUUCGCGAAAUACACGAGGGAAUUUGCGGUGCGCAUUCGGGAGCAAGAUCUGUCGUAACGAAGGCUAUGCAACUUGGGUACCUCUGGCCAACAAUGCAUCAAGACUCCACCGCAUUAUUAAAGAAUUGCGAAGCUUGCCAACUCCGUGCCAAUGUUCCGCGACAACCGAAAAAUGAUAUGAUUUCGGUAACUGCAGCAUGGUUCGGGAUACCACACACAAUAAUAUCUGACAAUGGCCCCCAAUUCGCGAAGGGAAUCUUUCCGGAAUUCUGCAAAAAUUUGCUAAUAAAGCAGUCAUUUACAUCAGUAUAUCACCCCCAAGGAAACGGACAGGUAGAAGUGACCAACAGAGAAAUAAUAAAAGGCGUAGAAAAAAGACUUGGACGAAGUCAUGAAGGGUGGAUAGAUGAGUUACCACUGGUUCUCUGGUCCAAUAGAACAACGCCCAAACAAAGCAAUGGGGAAACCCCGUUAAGUCUCGCAUUCGGGACGGAGGCCGUAGCACCAGCAGAAUUUCAAGUCUUUACAUAUCUGAUGCUAAAUACCGAAGGAAACUCGAAAGAAUUAAGUAUAGAUCUUGACCUAUUAGAUGAACGGCGAGAAAUCGUGGCCAUCAGAGAAGAUGCCUUCAAAAAGAAAAUUGAAGGAUACUACAAUAAAAGAGUAAACCCCACAGCAUUUAAAACACGAGACUACGUACUGCGGCUAAAUAGUGCAAGUGAGAAGGAGUACACCGGAAAGUUAGGCCUGACGUGGGAAGGCCCAUAUCGAGUACAAACAGCCUUCGGAAAUGGGGCGUAUAAGCUAGAGACACUCGAAAGGGCUCCGGUAGACAGAACCUGGAACAGUUCGAACUUAAGAAAAUUCCACUAUUAG